AUGGCAACUGCAAAAAGUGCUUCUUACGAUUACCUCAUAAAACUCUUGCUGAUCGGCGACUCUGGAGUUGGUAAAAGCUGCCUUUUGCUUCGUUUCUCUGACGAUUCCUUUACACCAUCUUUCAUCACUACUAUCGGUAUUGACUUUAAGAUUCGUACUAUUGAGCUGGAUGGAAAGAGAAUAAAGCUCCAAAUUUGGGAUACUGCUGGACAAGAAAGAUUCCGUACUAUUACCACGGCUUACUACCGUGGUGCUAUGGGUAUCUUGUUGGUCUAUGAUGUUACAGAUGAUAAAUCCUUUGGAAACGUAAGAAACUGGUUUUCAAAUAUCGAGCAGCAUGCUAGUGAGGGAGUCAACAAGAUACUUAUUGGUAACAAGUGCGACAUGGAAGAUAAAAGGGUUGUUUCUGCCGAACAGGGCCAAACAUUAGCAAACGAACUAAAUAUUCGAUUUAUGGAAACAAGUGCCAAGGCUAACAUUGGAGUCGAGGAAGCCUUUUUCGACUUGGCCAGAGACAUCAAAAAGAGAUUAAUCGACACACAACAGGCUCAGCAAACACGCCAAAGAGAGGAAGUUAAGCUUGAAUCGCCUGCAAAAAACAAUGGUAACAAUUCCUCAGGUGGAUGCUGUUAA